AUGAGAAGCAAAUCCAUCUUAGCUGGUGCCGUUAAUGUUCCAAUUGAACCAACAUCAAAUGUUGACUCACGAACGACAAACAAUAUUGUCAUAAAGAACUAUAGUUCAGAGUGUUUGAAAGAAAAAGAACCAGAGCUGAAAUCCGUGAAUUUAAACUCAGCUUCAAACGCUAACGCUACAUCAGAUGUUAAGUUAGAGUAUCCACCACUGGACCAAGUUCUUUCAAGAGAAGCCAACGACAACCCUUACACAAAUGUUCAAACAAAUCCUUCAGAUAACGUAGACCAUUACCUUCUUCAGUUAUACCAAACAAUUUUACUCAAAGACGAUAAGAAGCUUUUGACAAAUCUUAUAAGCAAGAACCAAAUAAUUCUAACAAAGGAGGACUUGAAAAUGUUAUAUCACGAAUAA